UCCUAUUCAAUUCACAAUGAAUUAAUGGUCUCUGAUGGAAUAUGCAUUACCAAACAUAUUACGCAGGCGAAUGAUGAGUUCCACACCUCGCAACAUAUUAAACAGUAUCUAGAGAUUCGAUGAAAGAAAAGACGCACAAAAGAAAUGGGCUCUGGACGGCAAUUUGCAACAAUUUCAGUAAACUCAACCCCGCGAAAUCCAGGUUAUUGCGCCCUGUUCGUUGUACUUACAUUGGUUUUUAUCCAGCAGUGCGCAAUGUUUAACUUGGAAACGGAAAACCGCGUCGUCUACACUGGACCUAAGGACAGUUUUUUCGGUUAUUCGGUGGAUGUUUUCUACAAUAAUUCGUCUAGUGUCAGCAUUCUGAUUGGUGCUCCCAAAGCUAACACCAGCCAACCGAAUGUCAACGAAGGUGGAUCUGUGUACUUAUGUCCCUGGAGCCAGGGCCAAUCGAAUUGCAGUGUCGUCCACUUUGACAAUGAAGGAGAUCGCCGUUUCCAUGUCAACGACGUCGACGUCCAGGUGGAGUUCAAGUCCCAUCAGUGGUUUGGGGCGACAGUGCGUUCCCAUGGCAACACUGUCCUGGCUUGUGCCCCGAGGUAUUACUGGAGAACGGAACACGACGCCCCCUUCUCAGACGUCACCGGAACUUGCUACCUCUCCGUGGACAACCUCAAGACAUUUGUGGAGUACGCCCCCUGUCGCACAGAGAGACAUGGUCCUGCCGGACAGGGCUACUGUCAGGGCGGGUUCAGUGCUGACUUCACCAAGGAUGGGAAGAUUGUUCUUGGAGGACCAGGAAGCUUUUACUGGCAAGGUCAGCUGAUCUUAGCCACCACAAAGGAAAUAGUCAAGGCCUACUACCCUUCCUACUUCCUGCUCUCUGUUACCGGGCAGAUCCAGACCCAUCAGGUGCAGGGGAGCUAUGAUGACAGUUACCUGGGUUACUCUGUGGCCGGCGGGGAGUUCAGUGGAGAUAAUAUUGAAGAUUUCGUCACGGGAGUCCCCAAGGGACUCAUGUUGUAUGGUUUAGUGUCCAUACUCAAUGGAACAGACCUGAAAUCUAUGCUGAACCUAACCGGAGAACAGAUGGGGUCCUAUUUCGGCUACGCAGUGGCAGCCACGGACAUCAACAACGACGGGAUGGAAGACCUUGUGGUGGGAGCUCCCAUGUUCAUGCAGAGGGGUUCCGACGGACUGCGUUGGGAGGAGGUGGGCCGUGUCUAUGUGUACCUGCAGCGGCGACCCUUGCUGUUUGAACCCAGGCUGCCCCACCUGGGGGGGACCCAGGCCUUCGGGAGGUUUGGCAGCUCGCUGGCCCCACUGGGAGACCUCAACCAGGAUGGCUUCAACGAUAUUGCCAUCGGCUGUCCCUUUGGAGGAGACGACCAACAGGGAUUGGUCCUCAUCUAUAAUGGACAUGCCAGUGGACUGAUGGACAUGCCCACUCAGACUCUAGCUGGCCAAUGGGCCUCUGGCACCUUCCCCGCCAGUUUUGGCUACGCCCUCCGUGGAAAUAAAGAUCUGGAUCAUAAUGGCUACCCAGAUCUCAUCGUAGGUGCUUUUGGGGUUGACAAGGCUGUUCUGUACAGGGCGCGGCCUAUUGUCAAUGCCAAUGCCUCUCUUAUGCUGCAACCUACCAUGAUCAAUCCAGAGGAGAAGAGUUGUACGGUGUCCAAUGGGAAUGAGACAAUCUCUGUGUCCUGUGUCAACCUCAGUUUCUGCCUCUCGGCCAAUGGGAAGCACCUCCCUGCUGAUCUAGGUUUUGUGGUGGAGGUACAGUUGGACCAUCUGAAGCAGACCCAGAAGGAGUCGUCAGUGAGGAGAACUCUGUUCCUGGAUAGCCAACAGCCCAGCCUACGGAAGACCAUCACCAUGGCCAAUGGAGGACGAACGUGUCACGACACCCGCAUCUACCUGCGAAGUGAAGGGGAGUUUAGGGAUAAACUUUCCCCCAUUUACGUCACACUCAACUUUAGCCUGGACCCUCUCGCUUCUCUGGAUCUCCAUGGCCUGAGACCCAUUCUAAAAUACCAGACAACACACCUUAUAGAGCAGAAGGCCCAGAUUCAGCUGGACUGUGGUGAGGACAACAUCUGUGUCCCUGACCUCAAACUGGCUGUUUAUGGCGAUAGGACGGAGGUGUAUCUGGGUGACGAUAACUCCCUGACCCUGACUUUCAAUGCCAGGAACGAGGGAGAGGGCGGGGCCUACGAGGCAGAGCUUUACAUGGUGCUUCCCCCAGAGGCUGACUACAGUGGUAUAGCCCGCAACAAUGCGAGUCUGACUCAGCUAACCUGUAGCUACGAGGCAGAGAAUCAGACCCGCUCUCUGGUCUGUGACCUGGGCAACCCUAUGAAGUCUGGCACAAGUUUGUGGGCAGGCCUCCGCUUCACUGUGCCCCGACUGAAGGACACUUACAAUACGGUGCAGUUUGAGCUCCAGAUACGCAGUAAAAAUGAGAAUAGCUCCCAGAGCGAUGUUGAGCUCUAUGAUCUUGAGGUGGCUGUGGUAGCUGAUGUUAUCCUACAGGGCGUUUCUCGUCCGGACAAGCUCCUCUUCCCUCCCCCAAACUGGAGGGUGAGCCACAGCCUCCAAGAGGAGCAGGACAUUGGGUCUGAGAUCCAGCAUGUCUACGAGUUGGUGAACAACGGGCCCAGUAUGAUCAGUCAGUCGGUGCUGGAGCUGCGAUGCCCUCUGAGAGCUCAGGGUCACGAUCUUCUGUACCCUGUGGAGAUCAUCACUCAGGGACCACUCAACUGCAGCUCCAACUACACCCUCAAUGCACUGAAACUCAAGCUCCAGCCUCCUACAACAGAACAGCCUCCCUCCUCACAGACGGUCAGCCCUGAACACCACAUCCAGAGGAGAGAGGUCUACAGGGAUCCUCUGGCCAAACAAAGCAACUUGUCAUGCUCUACGGUGGAGUGCUGGAGGCUGCACUGCCAUGUGGGGUUACUGGAGAGAGGAAACAGUGUCAUUCUGACAGUCCGCUCACGCAUCUGGGCUGAGACCUUCAUCGAGAGGGCAUACAAGCAGUAUGUGCUGGAGUGUUCUGCCCAGUACAGAGUCAAGAACAUGCCCUAUGCCAUCGCUCCCAAACUCAAACCCAGUGGAUCCACAAAGGUCCUGACUCCAGUGAUGUGGAACAAGCCGGAGAGCCAGUACAUUGUACCCCUGUGGAUUAUCAUUCUGGCCAUACUGGCUGGACUGCUGCUGCUCGCCCUGCUCAUAUAUGUACUAUACAAGAUGGGUUUCUUCAAAAGAUCCAAUCCCUAUGGUACAGCCAUGGAGAAAGCUCAACUCAAACCCCAGGCUUCUUCGGAGGCCUAAAUGGUGGACCAUCCCAGACGUCGUUUCGAAAACUGGAAAGUCAUUGCGUUGGCCUGAACUUGUAUCUCCAAAUGAACUACAGAAUACUCAUGCAUGAAGGGCAGUCUUCAACUACUAUCAGUGGGAUGAGUACUACUUGGACCUCACUGGUAUUCAGCCUGGUACUACACACUGAAAUGCUCAAGCAGGCAAACACAUGAUGAGAUGUCUGGCUCAAACUACAACAGAGCUAUCCUGGCACAGUUGAAUGGACAAUAAUGUCUUUAAAAUCCUGCUUUUUGCUUUGGGAAAAUCUCCAUCAAAGUAGCAACACUGGAUGGGGCAAUGGAGCAUUCAUUCAAUUGUUUUAUUCACCAAAUACAUCUUUACCUAAAUCAAAUCAAAGUUUAUUGGUCAUGUACACAGUUUGGCAGAUGUUAUAGUGGGUGCAGCGAAAUGCUUGUGUGACUAGCUCCUAACAGUGCAGCAAAAAUUUCAAACAAGUACAAUUUGUUUUCUUUUAUUAACUUGAAACAAGAACUCACGAAUGGCAGAAUGAGUCUAGUUAAUAACCCAAAUAACACUAUGGAUCAGUAAUCCAAAUGGAAUCUAUGCGUAUACACACAACUAUAUACUUAAGAACAAUGGAGGAAAAAGAACACAUUGUCAUACUUGAGUAAAAGUAAAGAUACUGUACCUUAAUAGAAAAUGACUCUAGUAAAAGUAAAAGUCACCCAAUUAAAUGCUAUUUGAGCAAAAGUCUAAAAUAUUUGGUUUCACACUCCUUAUUAAGCAAACCAUUAAGCAAACCAGACGCCACGAUUUUCUAGUUUAUUUAAGGAUAGGCAGUGGCACACUCCAACACUUAGACAAUCAUUUACAAACAAAGCAUUUUUUUUUUUUGUGAGUCGGCCAGAUCAGAGGCAGUAUGGAUGACCAGGGAUUUUCUCUUGAUAAGUGUGUGAAUUGGACCAUUUUCCUGUCCUGCUAAGCAUUUUAAAUGUAACAAGUACUAUUGGGUGUCAGGAAAAAUGUAUGGCCUAAAAAGUACAUUAUUUUCUUUCGGAAUGUAGUGGAGUAAAGGUAAAAGUUGUCUAAAAUGUAAAUAGUAAAGAAAAGUACAGAUACCCCAAAAAACUACUUAAGCAAUCAUUUAAAGUAUUUUUUACUUAAGUACUUUACACAACUGCUUAAGAAUUAUAUGUACAGCGGUAGACAUUUUACCUACCUACCGGUAAAUGAGGAGAGAAUGUUGAAGAAAGUGUGUUAUUGAAGGGAAUCAGUGUGCAGCACAACGGUAACGGCCAAAGACCUCCAAAUGCUAGGAGCAGAAAAUAACACAGGGUAUCAGUCAAGGUAAAUGUUUUCCUAAUGUCACAAAACUCCCUCUAUCCUCCCGACGGAUGGACCACACAUUGAAGGAGAGUUUGCUACUCCGAGUUGCCUUACUUUGGCUCAAACAGGCCAUGCCAGACCCUGAUGGCAAGCUUACGGUGGCCCACCAUCAACAAAGUCGGCGGUAGCUGACAAUGCUAACAGUUUCAUGUUGACCGUCAGUUGGUCAUUGCGUUGCUGGGCUGCUGGCGAUAUACCACCAUAUCUGUCAACACGGGUGCAAUAUCAGCUUGCCGACAGUGGUGUGCUGUGUCUCAUAGCCACCAGUUGUCCAAUAAAAGCUUGUUAGCUGGAGAGUCUUUGAUGUUGUUGAGAAAAUGAAAAGGGCCUUUUUGCUGAUAUAUAUAUUACAUUUGUCAUGCACUUCCUGAUGCAUUAUGUUACUGUGCAACUUGACCACAUUUGUAAAUACACUGCUAGAGCUUUUUUAGAUACUUAUUACAGUUGAAUGAUAGAUAUAACCUCACAUCCACUAACUACUAUUUAUAACCCAUUUUUUUGUGCAUUCAACAAAAGGAACUUGGUCAUACUUAAGGAAAUGUUUUGCUAGUAAAAUGCAGUGGAAAUAUGUUUUUUUGUAAAACUAUUCUCUCCCAUAUUGGGAGUUGUCAUAUCUUUUUCAUAAGUUGACUCAAAAUAAAUGUACCAUUUCAUAUAACCUUAUCCAAGUACUUUUGAGAAGGUUAAUGCUAAUAUUUAAUGUACUUCCUUCUGAAAGCAAGAACACUGGUGUUAUUCACCAUACUUAUUAGUGUGCCUUUAAUUGCAUUGAGGGGGAGGCAAGAAGUGCAUACUUUGGGUGAAGGGUGGUACCUGUGUUUCCAUGGUAUCUGUGUUCCGAUUCUUUACCGUUCUCCCCGUCAAGGAUUUAAUAAUGUUGGAAACUCCCUCCAGCCAAUGCUUACAACAAUCCAAGGCUUUUUUAAAAAAUAGGGACGCAAGUUAGCUAUAGCACUACAACUAGCUAUAGUGAGAGAAAAAAAACUUAACUCAGAAUAUAUGGUGUGGCACCUUGCUUCAGCUCUCACGACCAGAGGGAACAAGAGCGGAUAACAAUUAACCACAGUAAAAGUACAGUGCCUUCUGAAAGUAUUCAGAUUUAUUUCACAUUUUGUUGUGUUACAGGCUGAAUUCAAAAUGCAUUAAAUCAAAUUUUUUCUCACCCAUCUACACACUAUACCCCAUAAUGACAAAGUAAAAAUGUAUUAAAUUAAAUACAGAAAUAUGUCAUUUACAUACGUAUUCACACCCCUUUGCUAUGACACUCCAAAUUGAGCUCAGGUGCAUCCAAUUUCCUUUGAUCGUCCUUGCUUGUUUUAUAGCAGCGCAAAACGAUGCUGAAAUAGUUAUUGCUUAAAAUUAUAUUGCUUCUACCUUCAAUAUGCAUUUUAAAUAAAUUAGGAUGGAAUGGAAAAUAUGGAGCUGUACAAUGUGACGGUAGGGAGUACGCUAGAGUACUGGGCUAUUCAGCUAAAGAAUCUCUGUGUAGUGUGGGCACGUGGGAGACCGGGGUUCAAUUCUCUGAUGGGGAGAAAAGAGUUCUUAACUGAUUUGCCUAGUUAAAUAAAGGUUACACUAAGAGCAUAACAUUUCUACACCCUAAUUGUAUAAGUGUAGUGUAACCAAUACCCAAAUUGAGAUUCAGUUAAAAUAAAAAUCUCAUUGAUUUAUCAAGACCAGUCUCUGUGCUUGUCUCAGAGCAGCUUUAAACGGUGCUAAAAGAGUUGUAGGCUAUUGCUUCUAACAGCACAUUAUUCAAAACUAGUGAGACUCAUGUUGCCUACAGUAUAUCAAAAAAUAUUACAUGACUCUCCGCCAAUAAUUACAUAUAGAGGAUUGGAGGAUUCUAAAUUAAAACCCUAAACUACCUCAUGGGUUUCUCAGUGGCAGCCAGCUGCAUUUGUAGCAAUGCAUUUUGCACCCCCCCUCGGGAGGCCCCAUCCACAAAGUUUCAAAAUACAGAGAGGUGUUUGUAAAGGUAUAUUGUCCUGCUAAUAGCCUGUAAUGGUACUUAGUACUGUAGCCUGAUGAACCCGUCAGGUAUGUUGACUCUGCCUGUCGGAGGUGGAGUUCCAGAGCUCACAGGUGUGUCUGGCAUGGAUUGUGACUCCAUCUCAUUCCUCGCCCUCUUCAACGCAUCAUUCUCUGCCUGACUCUUCGCCAAUACUGCCUGGCUCUGGACCAAUGACGAGUGACACUCUGCCAAUACUGCCUGGCUCUGGACCAAUGACGAGUGACACUGCCAAUACUGCCUGGCUCUGGACCAAUGACGAGUGACACUCUGCCAAUACUGCCUGGCUCUGGACCAAUGACGAGUGACACUCUGCCAAUACUGCCUGGCUCUGAACCAAUGACGAGUGACACUCUGCCAAUACUGCCUGGCUCUGAACCAAUGACGAGUGACACUCUGCCAAUACUGCCUGGCUCUGAACCAAUGACGAGUGACACUCUGCCAAUACUGCCUGGCUCUGAACCAAUGACGAGUGACACUCUGCCAAUACUGCCUGGCUCUGGACCAAUGACGAGUGACACUCUGCCAAUACUGCCUGGCUCUGAACCAAUGACGAGUGACACUCUGCCAAUACUGCCUGGCUCUGAACCAAUGACGAGUGACACUCUGCCAAUACUGCCUGGCUCUGAACCAAUGACGAGUGACACUCUGCCAAUACUGCCUGGCUCUGAACCAAUGACGAGUGACACUGCGAAUACUGCCUGGCUCUGAACCAAUGACGAGUGACACUCUGCCAAUACUGCCUGGCUCUGAACCAAUGACGAGUGACACUCUGCCAAUACUGCCUGGCUCUGGACCAAUGACGAGUGACACUCUGCCAAUACUGCCUGGCUCUGGACCAAUGCAUCAGCUGUCACCUGUAUCUCUGCCCUCAGAUAAUGUUUCUCUUACUGCUGGUCUGCCUUCAAUGACUCGAUCUUCAAAGUUUGAAUCUGAUCCAUGUGCACCUUCAUCAGAUGAGCAGAAUGGUACAGCCCUGAGCCCCCAUUGAUUAAAGUGGCCUAUGAUAGAAACGGUAGAUCAAUUAAGAAUUAUAAGUGACUCCAACACACAAAAGCUGUGUACACAUUUUAAGAAUCUAGCAAAACGAAUCGCUUUCUUGGCAAGCAUGCGUUUUUUUUCGGUGCGGCCCGUUAUCCAGCCCUUUGUCCACUGAUCUCCACGGAUGGUUGUUGGCAUGGUUGUAUGGCCUGCAAAAACACAUUCACAUCUUUAGUACGCAAUCAUUUUUAUUUUUUAUGGAACCUUUAUUUAAUUAUCAAUUAUAUUGCACAGUAUGCCUACACAUUGAUAGGCUAUAUACAUAUUUCUUUCAAGAAAAUGUACUGAAACCAAGAUACCUUUAGUUUUGGUGAUCCCCUCAGCUCCGGCUCAUUUUCAAGUCCUCUCGUGGUUAUGGUCCUAACCCUGGAACAGGUAGCACCAUAGAAAGAUGCUGGCUUGAUGAAAACAAUGUCCAUGACGUCUGUUCUUUUUAGACGCAAUGUCAUUUGUUUUUAGAUAAAAAGCUUGUUUUUGAAUGGUAAAUGUAAUAAGGGUGGAGUUUGGGGCAGGGUGAGGAGUACUGGUAAAGGUGUGACUUUCACAUCUAUAGUAGCCAGGCUAUAAAGAGUCUAUUUUCCUGCUAAUAUGGCUACAAGUGACUGAAAACCUGUUUUCAAAUUGCCACCAGCUGUCCAUCACUACUGUAAAUAAAAACAUAGCAUCUUG